AUGGCCAACAAUAGGAGGAACAGGAGGGGUGAGGACUUGCCACCACCACCACCACCCCCUACUAUGGAGCAGCUGAUGUUGAUGCAAACACAACUACUGCAGCAGCUGGCUCAGAAUAUGCAGAACAACGGAAAUGGAAAUGGAAACGCACCUCCUCAUGUUAGGGACAAGAGUGGAGAAUUCCUGAAGGGACAUCCGCCUGUUUUCAAAUACUCCACCGACCCUCUCGAAGCUGAUGAUUGGCUUCGUGCUAUUGAAAGACAACUGGAGAUUGCACAGUAUGAUGACAGAGAGAAAGUGUUGUAUGCAGCAGGGCAAUUGCAAGGGGCUUCACUUGAUUGGUGGGAUUCUUUCCGUUUUGGCCGUACAGAUGUUCACCCCAUAACCUGGAUGGAGUUCCGUAAUGCUUUCCGCUCUAAUCAUGUCUCUGCCGGACUAAUGAAACUGAAAAAGAAAGAAUUUCUCUCCCUCAAGCAAGGAGGUAUGUUUGUUGCUGAAUAUCGUGACAGCUUUCAGUAUCUGGUGGACAAGGCCCUGGUGAUUGAAAACAAACGCCAUCAGAUGGAAGAUAAGAAAAGGAAGUUCCAGGGACAACAGUCAGGAAACAACAUGCGUACUCGUACCAAUCCUCAGCAAGCUUAUCCACAGCAACGCUAUCAGGGACAGUUAAGCCUGGUCAAUCAUAACCAGCAGCCACAAUGUGCACAGCAGCAGCAGCAGCAGUACAGAGUACCUAACCAACGUCAGCAGCCAGUCAAUAAUGCUCCUGUAAAAACAAAUGUUCCCAAUGGUCCACCAAAUAAUGGUGCACCAAAAGCACCAAAUGCCAACAAUGAUAACAAAUGUUACAGCAGUGGUGAGCCAGGACAUUACUCCAAUAGGUGCCCCAAGAAGAUGGCCCAAAACAAUAUCAGAAGAAGGGUAAAUCAUGUGACAGCCGAGGCGGCACAGGAGGCAUCGGACGUGAUGCUCGGUAUGUUUCCAGUUAACUCAAGCCCCGCUACAGUUUUAUUCGAUUCUGGUGCAUCACAUUCCUUUAUUGCUCAUUCAUUUGUCAAGAAAUAUGAUAUACCCAUGAUUGCUAUGAAAAAUUCCAUGAUAGUUAGCUCACCUGGAGCAGAAAUGCAAGCUACCCUUAGAUGCCCUCUAGUGAACAUCACCUUAAGGGGGGUAGAGUUUACAAUUAGCCCAGUGGUUUUGAAAACUUUUGGUAUUGAUGUUAUCUUGGGUAUGGAAUGGUUGAGACAAAGAAAGGCAGUUAUACAAUGUGAUAGCAAAACAGUUCAGUUAAUGUCACCUUCAGGCCAGCAGAUGGAGGUAGAGGUCAGCAUGUCAACUAAACAAUACUACACAGUUAAUCAACUGAAGGGGACAUCAAUAGAGGGCAUACGAAUAGUGAAUGAGUAUCUGGACGUAUUCCGUGAGGAACUGCUAGGUAUGCCACCUGACCGUGACAUUGAGUUUAGAAUUGAACUUUUACCUAGAACUGCACCCAUAGCUAAAAGACCAUACAGAAUGGGUGUGAAUGAAUUAGCAGAACUUAAGAAGCAAUUAAGAGAAUUGCUAGAUAAGGGUUAUGUUCAACCAAGUUCCUCACCUUGGGAGCACCAGUGUUAUUCGUAG